AUGGCAAACAGAUCAAAACAGAUUAGCAUUCGCAUAAGCUUAAUUAUCCAAAUAUUGCGACACCUACUCCAAAGCAACAUGAAUAACGGACCAUCCUCCAAUGCAAAAUGGUUAUAUGAUAGUCCAAUCCAUUCUGAUGUAGAAGCCAAGCUGCGACAUUUCUUGGUUGAAUUAGGGAACGCUGAUCAUAGAAUACUUGGAAUUCAGGUUUCUGCAUACAAAGAUGGGAAAGUGAUAAUUGAUACGUCAGCUGGAGUAAUGGGAAAAGAUGACCCUCGUCCAGUUCAGAAUGAUACAUUAUUUCCGGUUUUCUCUGUAACUAAAGGCGUCACGGCUGGAAUGAUACAUUGGCUGGCUGAUAAAGGGAAACUAAAGUUUGACGAAAAUGUUGCAAACAUUUGGCCAGAGUUUGGCACAAAUGGAAAAGAUCAGAUAAAGGUUCAUCAUAUACUUAAUCAUACAUCUGGUCUACACGAUGCUCUUUCUGUGAUUGUUGAAGAUGAUCCUAUAUUAUUCUGUGAUUGGGAUGAAUGUGUAAAACGCAUUGCGACAGUUGAACCAGAGAGUGAACCCGGUUGUAAACAAAUAUAUCAUUAUCUGUCGUAUGGUUGGCUAUGUGGUGCGAUCAUUGAGCAUGCAUCGGGGAAGAAGUUUCAAGAUAUUCUUGAGGAAGCUUUUGUUCGCCCACUUAACGUGGAAGGCGAGUUUUACAUAGGGAUUCCUCCUGGUGUGGAAUCCCGUCUGGCGACACUUACGUACGAUAAAACUGAAUUUAGUAUGUUUGUCGCUUUAACAGCAACCCCUGAGUUCAUGUCUCAUGUGCCUUCGUCCUUCACACCCAACAUACUUGAUGUCCUUAUUACCUCAUCAAACACUCUCAAUGUCCGUUGUGCCAUACUACCUGCGUCUAACGGACACUUCUCUGCCCGUGCAUUAGCCCGCUACUAUGCCACCCUUGUGGACGGGGGUGUGGUUCCUCCCAGCCAAUCCUCCUCCCUCCCACCACUUGGAAGCCACCCUCAUCACCCCAUUACUCACAGUCACACCACUAAUCCUAAUCGUGGAUCUGAUCUUAACAUUGAAGUGCUUGAAAGCGAUGACACAAAUGAUGAAAUAGAUAGUAAAAUCUUUAGCACUCAAAAAUCAAAACUUCAUGAUUUGUUCUUGGGAAACGGAGUUAAUAAAGAUUUAAUAUUACCGAAUGGAAAAUUCGGGCUAGGAUUUCAUAGGAUUAACAACAUUGAUGGUUCGAUGAUUGGGUUUGGUCAUGCAGGCUUAGGUGGUUCGACGGGAUAUUGUGACAUAAAUAACCGAUUUUCGAUUGCGGUGACCCUAAACAAGUUGUCUUUCGGGCCUUUGGUCGCGGAAAUAAUCCAAUUUAUUUGCUCAGAACUUGAUCUUCCUGUUCCGGAUGAUUAUGCAGGAUCUUGGGAGUUCACCAAGAAACCGGUGUUCAAUUAA